UGCCCCCAGUGCAGACAGACCUUCAUACCCAGACCUGUUCUGGGCAGAAACACCAUGCUGGCUGAAGUGGUGGAGAAACUGAAGAAGACUGGACUACAAGCAGCUGCUCCUGCUGACCAGUAUGCUGGACCUGGAGAUGUGGAGUGUGACGUCUGUACUGGGAGAAAACACAAAGCUGUCAAGUCCUGCCUGGUGUGUCUGGCCUCCUACUGUGAAACUGACCUGCAGCUUCACAACAAACUCCACCAUGCAAAACAGCACAAGCUCAUUGAUGCCAUCGGCCAUCUGAAGGACAAGGUCUGUUCCAACCAUGACAAACCCCUGGAGGUCUACUGCCGUACCGACCAGCAGUGUAUCUGUUAUCUCUCUACGAUGGAUGAACACAGAGGCCAUGAUACAGUCUCAGCUGCUACAGUAAGGGCGGAGAUACAGAAACAAAUGGGUGAAAUACAGAGGGAAUUUCAGCAGAGAAUUCAGAUGAGAGAGAAGGAGCUGCAGGAGCUGAGAGAGGCUGUGGCCUCAAUCACUAGCUCAGCACAGUCAGCAGUGGAGGACAGCGAGAGGAUCUUCACUGAGAUGAUCCGCUCCAUUGAGAGAAGACGCUCUGAGGUGACAAAGCUGAUCAGAGAUCAGGAGAAGGCUGCAGUGAGUCAGGCUGAAGGAGACAUGGAGAGACUGAAGCAGGAGAUCGAUGAACUGAAGAGGAGACACUCUGAGCUGGAGCAGCUUUCACACACAGAAGAUCACAUCCAUUUCCUCCAGAGGCGCCAGGCUCUUCCUGUCACUCCUGAAGCUGGAUUUGGACCCAGAAUCUCUGUCAGUCCCAGAUCUGAUUUUGGGAAUUUGAGGAAGGCGGUUUCUGAACUGAAAGAUCAACUGGAGAAUUUUUGCAGAAUGAAAAUGGCAGAGAUCCAUCACCAGUUACCAAAGACACCGUCCUACCAGUAUUAGUGCCCAGGACCAGAGCAGAAUUCUUACACUACUCCUGCCAGCUGACGCUGGACCCGAACACAGCAAACAGACGCCUGUCUCUGUCAGGGGGGAACAGGAAGGUGACAGGGGGGGCAGAGCAGCCAUAUCCUGAUCAUCCAGAGAGAUUUGACUGCUGGGAACAAGUUCUGUGCAGAGAGAGUCUGACUGGCCGCUGUUACUGGGAGGCUGAGUGGGAUGGAGAUGCAGCCUGGAUAGGAGUGACUUAUAAAGGGAUCAGGAGGGAAGGAGGGAGUGACUGUGGGCUUGGAUACAAUGACAAGUCAUGGGGUCUGAGCUGUAAUACUGACAGAUACUCUGUCUGGCACAAUAAUAAAGAGACUCUCAUACCCAUACAGCCCUCAGGCUCCCGCAGAGUAGGAGUGUAUCUGGACUGGGGGGCUGGUGCUCUGUCCUUCUACAGAGUCUCCUCUGAUGGACUGACCCCCCUGCACAGAUUCACCUC